GACGUAUGAAUGAUGAGAGAUAAGUCAAAAAUAUCCAAAUGAAAUGAUCACACUUUCUCUCUCUCUCUUCCCCUACAAAUAAAUAGGACUCCUUUCUUCCUCCCCAUCAACUAUCAAAAUCAAAAGUGAUUCUAACCAAGAUUGGAUCUUUCUUCCUCCCCGAUCACUUUUGAUUUGCGUUUUAGCCAUGAAUGCUUUAGCCGCAACGAACAGGAACUUCCGCCACGCGUCUCGGAUCCUCGGUCUGGAUUCGAAGAUCGAGAGGAGCCUGAUGAUCCCGUUCAGAGAAAUCAAGGUGGAGUGCACCAUCCCCAAAGACGACGGCACUCUCGUCUCCUACAUCGGUUUCAGGGUUCAACACGACAAUGCUCGCGGCCCCAUGAAAGGAGGCAUCAGAUACCAUCCCGAGGUUGAUCCGGAUGAAGUGAACGCGUUAGCUCAGCUGAUGACGUGGAAGACGGCAGUUGCUGACAUUCCGUACGGUGGAGCUAAAGGUGGGAUCGGGUGUAGCCCUCGCGACUUGAGUUUGAGCGAGCUCGAGCGUCUUACACGUGUCUUUACGCAGAAGAUUCAUGAUCUCAUUGGUAUUCACACCGAUGUGCCUGCUCCUGACAUGGGGACUAACGCUCAGACCAUGGCUUGGAUUCUUGAUGAGUACUCCAAGUUUCAUGGUCAUUCCCCUGCUGUUGUCACCGGAAAGCCCAUUGAUCUUGGUGGUUCUCUUGGUAGGGAAGCUGCCACUGGACGCGGUGUGGUCUUCGCUACUGAAGCUCUUCUCGCUGAGUACGGUAAAUCGAUUCAGGGGUUGACAUUUGUUGUUCAGGGUUUUGGGAAUGUUGGAACAUGGGCAGCUAAGCUGAUACACGAGAAAGGUGGGAAAGUGGUUGCGGUGAGCGACAUUACAGGUGCAGUGAGAAACCCUGAAGGUCUCGACAUCAACGCUCUUCUGAAACACAAAGACGCUACUGGUAGUCUCAAGGAUUUCAGCGGUGGAGACGCUAUGGACUCUGAGCAACUCCUGCCUCAUGAGUGUGAUGUUCUCAUUCCUUGUGCUCUUGGUGGUGUCCUCAACAAGGAAAAUGCUGGAGAUGUGAAGGCAAAGUUCAUUAUAGAGGCAGCAAACCAUCCAACCGAUCCAGAUGCUGAUGAGAUUCUGUCGAAGAAAGGAGUGAUUAUACUACCAGAUAUAUACGCAAACGCUGGAGGAGUGACGGUGAGUUACUUUGAGUGGGUGCAGAACAUUCAAGGGUUCAUGUGGGAAGAGGAGAAAGUGAACCUGGAGCUGCAGAAGUACAUGACUCGAGCCUUUCACAACAUCAAGUCAAUGUGCCAUACUCAUUCUUGCAACCUCCGUAUGGGAGCUUUCACCCUUGGAGUUAACCGUGUCGCUCGAGCCACCCAGUUGCGUGGUUGGGAAGCUUAAGUCUUUUGGACUUUCCCCUUAUAUACUCUGUUUCAGUUCUCUGUUUUUUUUUUCAUUGUUGCUGAAAAGCAUUGAGGUUCGGAAAUGGAAAAGAAAACAAAUCAAUUGAAUUUGACAGAUUGAAUAAAAAGAUAUUAUUGAUUUUUA